AUGGUACUCAGCUUUACUUUGAAGAGAGGUAGAGGAGGUGGAAGUUGGAAGAAGGUGAGAGCUGCCUUCUAUGAUAACAAUGGAAUGAAGAAGGGUGAAUGGAGUGCUGAAGAAGAUGAUAAACUAAGAACUUAUGUCCAGAAAUAUGGCCAUUGGAACUGGCAUCAACUUCCUAAGUUUGCUGGUCUUAAAAGGUGCGGAAAGAGUUGCAGGUGGAGAUGGAUGAAUUACCUCCUGCCUGGAUUAAAACGCGGCAACUUCACUGAAGAAGAAGAUGCAUUGAUCAUCAAGUUACAUGAACAAUUCGGAAACAGAUGGUCCACCAUAGCUAAAAGUUUACGAGGAAGAACAGACAGCGAAAUAAAGAACCACUGGCACUCUCAGCUGAAGAAGAGUACAAAGGGAGACGAGGAAGAAAAGUGUAGUAGUUGGCAAAGUGAAGCCACCCAGAAUGAAAAUAUUUGUGAAGGUGAAGCUGAAAGCAAUAGCAUCGACAACAUGACGUUAGGGAGUUCACCACCCUCGUCUCCAUCACCAUCUUCAAGUAGCGGAUCUAUGUCUAGCUUAAAUGCUGUUGGCCGCCUAGAAGAUACUCGUCUUCCUUAUUUGGAAAUAUAUGAAACUGAAAGCAGUGGAGAUUUCUGGAGUCAGCCCUUUGUUACAGACAAUACAUCAUCCUUGGAAAAGGGUGGCUUUGAGUUGCCAUUGCCUUACGACGACAUGUAUUAUGACGAUUUUGCUGAUUUGCUUUGUGGAUUGUGGACAUAA